AUGAAGAUUCACCUCUUUUUCUUUAUUCUACUCUUUGGGGUCACAAUUCUACCAGCAAGAAAAAGAUUUCCACACUAUGGUAGCGUGGAUAUGAGGAGAGAGUGCGCAAAAGGUAACGGUCGAUGUAAAACUGAGUGCCACAUAUCUGAAGUUAGGAUUGCUUACUGCAUAAGACCUGGAUCUCUUUGCUGCUUGCAGAAGUACAGAUGACAGAAGAAAAGAAAGAGACACAUGUUCCAAGAAGAAGGGACCAGUGUUACUGUCUUCCUUCACAGCCUUUCUGUACAUCCUUCCAGGCCUGUGUAUCACUAUCGUGUG